AACAUCAAACUCCAAGCGGCGAGGCCGAGAAGUGGUCAUGCUGCUUUCAUCAAACAUGCGAGAGAGCUGCUCUCCUGCUACGUGAGGCCUGACAACAAGCAGAACCUUUGGCAUCUGAUGCGGCGAUGAAGAGCUCCAAUAAGAUUUUGCGAGGCGGUCCAUCGAAGUCUUCCUUCCAUUGGUGCAGAAGUUACCCAUAAAAGGCAUUUGAAGUGAAGUAGCGCCAGAGACCGAAUCAGAAACCAAAUCAGUCGCCCUUAACUUUGAGGCCAACAUCAAACACUUCUGCAAGAUUUAGCUUCACCACCUCAGGUGUAUUGUAAACCUCAGCUCCGCACUCUCCCUCCCUGGAACAGGAUCAACGAUAUGAUUUCCCAAGAGACCGUCAAGCUGUCUGGAGACUUUCAAAAAGGGCAUGACCAUUUUUCAUCCAUUUUCAGUUCAAGAUGCGUGAACAGAGCGUGGUUGGCUCCUAUGAGAGGACAAGCGGCAAGACCAUGUCGGGUGGGAAGAUUUUAAAAGCGGAGAUAAGCUUGAUCAAAGAUUCACCACAGGGUGGAGCGGGAAAGGAAAUAAAGACAAAUGAGCGACAGUCUCCAGUAGCCCAAGUGAGCCGCUACCACAACUCCACGUCUUUUGGUGGCCGGUCUGAAAAUACACCCAAACACAGUGGCGCUGCCUCCAUGGAGACAACUGCUAAUAAACACCAAGGCCUUUCCCAGCAGCGGGGUCACGAUUCCUCUGGACGCGUCGAGGUUAGCUCGGGUUUCUCUCCCAAUAAGCCUCCCGGGUUGGAUCGUACGACAAGCCCCGCAUGGUCGGCCCACGUGUUCCCCACGCCGUCUUCAUCCAGGGAGUCCAUCCUCUCAGAGGGCUGGGACAGAGACAAGUGCUGGCCCGCCAUGCCGCUUUCCUCUGUUGCCUCUCCUUCUUCUCUCAGCCGCACCGUCUCUCCCUGCUCGUCGGUGCGCUCUGGCGUCUUCUCCCCUGCUGUGUUUCAGAUCAGAAAGCACGCUCUUGCUCCGGGCUCCAGUUUGGUUCACAUCCCUCAGUCCUGCUUUUCAUCAUGCGACAGCCUGGCUUCUUCAAUCCACCCGCAGUCUCCUCCUCUUCGGCGCCGGCCUCCCCUCACCAGACUCUCCCUCUUGACAGCCAUCCUGAGGAAAGGCCGCCUGCCCGUUCUCUCUGCUUCUCUCCCGAGGCCUUACACCCCCUGCUGGCCGGUUAACCCCGUGACCCUCACUUUCUGCAACGCGUGCUCAGCAGCUUCCAGCGUGGCCUCCAUUCCCCUGGAGUUUUCGUCUCCGUUCACAUCAUCUACAACCUUUGAUAGUCAAACCUUUCCUCACAGGGAGCCUAUUAGGUCUGUUACGGCGCCCCCACCUGAGCUGCCUCAUGAGCACAGUAGGCCUCACGCUCCAGUUAAAAGGUGCUCAAGGGAGAGUCGCCCAAGAAGUCUGCCGAAGUUGGAGCAGGCUAUCUCGUCGCCGCAGAUGGAGAGCACCGCGCUGCCAAGAGAUCCAUCACCAGGACUAUGCUCAAAACUCAAACGCGUUCCACCGAACGACGAUGAAAUCCCACGGCAGCCUCCUUUUGCGUUCAAGCCUCCUGAGUUGAAGCCCAGUUUUGCUCACCUGUACCUGAGCAGCAAAAGAGACCACAACUUUGACAAAGCAAUGACUCCUCCUACACUUUUGCGUCAAGCAGCCACUUCUACAACGGAGAAAAGUCUGCAGCCAAAUUCUUCCCUGUCGAAACUUCGGUGGCUUUCCGAUCGACUGCGAUCCCCUUCUCCCAGCAGCCCCUCAUCUUCUCAAUCACAUUCCUGCUCAGCCAGCACCGCCACAUCACCUCUCCCUUCUUUCACCACGGGGAGGUGUAAAUCACCGCAAGGCUUCCCCAAAGCACAUAACCUGACGUCUCGCGACGCACCCGUCGCUUUUUCCGGGUGGCACUCGCCCAUCAGCUCUCCCACGCCUACGCCCUCUCCCGCCACGCUAUUUCGAGACCUCACGCCAUCCCCUUCCUUCUCCCCACGCUUCACGCCCUCCCCGAGGCCGGGGAGUGGAAUAUCAGACUGCAGUGACAGGGAGAGUAAAAAAAGAAAGCCUCACAAGAUUAAGUCAAGCUACAAAUCACUUGCCGCAAUCCCUACAAACACCGUUCUCUUGGAUCAGCAGGUAAUAGAUGAGCAGGUGGAGAGAGAGAACGUCUUGAAAAGAGGAAUCAUGAGUGAUGGGUAUGAAGAAGACACCCAUGCUGAGAUGUGCUCACCUGCUCAGCUCCGGCAGGAGUCAGAGGAACUGUAUGCAGCCAUUGAUGAGAUCUUGGCAAAUUCCAAUCCACCAAGCAAAACGGCAAAGAAGUUGGCGACCGACGUCAGUUUGCGGAGCAACUCUACCAAAUCUUUGGGACGUGAAACCAAAUAUGCAUCUGUAAGCAGUGUGCAUCCAUCUACAAGUGUCAAAAGAAGGCCGAUGGACUCCAAAAAGACGAAGCCUGGGAUUGUUCACCCGAUGAUGACUGUUCCAAGAUUGUCAGAGAAGGACGGAGAAGAAUAUAGAGGCUAUCUCUUCAGAGAAACGGAUGCCCGUCGCCACUUAAAAGGCAACUCCAAGACGGAAAGUGUGGGCCUUGAAGACACGGGGGGAAUUGGUCACACAAGUAGAAAAAGUCAAGUGCUGCAAAGACAGAGGACAUCUGAAAGAAGAGAUCCAUUUGCCCUGUGUGAAUUGCAGAUCACUGAGCCCGAAGGCCAGAUCAGUCAUUUUGAAGAUGACGCCUCCACCUCUCUCUGCUCGCAACCUUGUGAAACUCACAUUUAAGUCAAGGACAUCAAACAAUGAAACAUUUGUGGCAUGAAUUUGAAUAGAAGACAAGAAAAUAUUUUCACCGGCUCCGAGUUGAGCUGUGUUUUUGUAACCAGCCCUGUGCCAACAAGCAUUCAUAAAUAAUGUUUGAAAGAGGAGACGAUACAACCAGUUUCACCAAAUUUCUUGACGUUGUGCUAGUGGCUUGGGACGAUGUGUCAGCGCCAAAGGGCAAGGCGAGUUUCCGUUUGCACGCAACAAAAGUAGUGAAAUGUCUCACAGGUGACAAGAGUGCAAGUCUGUUUCAGUCAUUUGCAGGUUGACUGCUGCGGCUGGCAGCAGUAGCUAAUUAUUCUGGUUAGUUAUGUCACAGACUUACUUCGACUUCUUUUGUUGCCUUGUUGGCUGAUUAGAGUGUAAAGAAGGGCUUUUAUUUUGUUGGUAAUGUGAUGUGGCUCUUGAAAUAAUAAACAUAAUGGGGGAGGAGGUUCA